UUCCAUUCUGCAAUCCCCCCCUCGAUCAUCACUCCUUUGCCAAUUUUUUUGCCAAAUUCGCCAUUACAGAAGUUCCAGUAGUUCCAGUUGUGAAUCGAUAUAUUUUGAUCGAUGGAGAAUUGGGGGCGACGGAGGGAUUACUAUCUUGGAGGAUCACAGCGGCAGAGGAGGACAACAACUGGUGGUAGUCGGCAGUCGACAGAAGUCCCGACAUGGGAGAAGGACUUCUGCCGAGAGGUCGGGGGACUCGACUGGGGAACGUUGGUCGAGACGCAGCGGUACAUGCACCUGUACCCCAACAUAAUGAACUGGGACGACUCCGGAGCCGAGGAGGCGUUCCACAACGCUAAACGACGCUAUUGGGCCAAAAUCAACGGCCUCCCGUCCGGCCCGUCGCCCGAUCCCAACCUCUACAUCGACUUCAUCGAUUGGGAGGCCGAAGGUGACGCCGAGCCGGAUAUCGAUAGAAUGUCGACGUCCGUCCAUGGCAGGGUCAGCGUCGGAAACCCGACGGGCCGGGCCAAAGAGGAGGAGCCCACCGAUGGCCCGGGAGACGAUGCUCCGGCGAAUUUUGUCCCUCGUGCCGGAUGGUCGAAUCCUUACAACCCCUACCCUCCGGCGUGGGGGUAUCCGACACCGCCGUUCCCGACGCGCUACAAUAACAUGGGGCAAAGGGGCGGGCGAUAUCCUGCCGGGGGAUCGAUGCCGUGGCGCGCCGGGUCGGGACAGUCGAAUAGUCCGAAUGCCGGUGGAGAAGCGGCGGCGACGGGUAUUUACCGACCUCCGAGGGCCCGGUUUUGGAAUCAGAGGAGCAACCGGGACUCCCGCGAGCAAGCCAGUGGGAGAGGCUCGUCGGGACGGUGGAAUUUCGGCUGCAUCGGCCGCAGCGACGUGCCGUCGUGGAGGCGGCACAGCUCUUGAACCACCCAACCCUAUCCUAUCCUACCUAUCCCAACCCCAUCUUUAGUAUGAACUGAUGGUCGAAUAUUUAUGUCAUUAUCAUUUCUUGUAGAGUUCGAUUCUUGC